CGACGCCAUUUUGUGUGAAACCACGUUGUUUUCUAUGUUUGAAUGCUGAAAAAACUAGUAGUAUCUCAAUUUGUUUGUUGACGCCAGCCGUGUCGUCGCUCGAAUAGGAGCAAAACCUAAUCAUGCGGUUGUUAGUUUUAUAUGAACAUGCCUCUGGUUAUGGCUUGUUCUCCGUCAUCGAAAUGGAGGAGAUAUCCAUGUUGCAACCACAGGUAGAGAAAAGUGUGACAGAUUUUGCAAAAUUUGCUUCGAUAGUGAAACUUGAAGCGUUUGCUCCUUUCAAGUCCGCUGCUCAUGCCCUUGACAAUGUCAACUGCGUAUCUGAAGGUAUUGUUUCAGAUGAUUUGAAAUUAUUUUUGGAAACAAAUAUCCCAGCAAAGAAGAAGAAACUGACAGUUGGUGUUGGUGAUGCGAAAAUUGGAGCUGCCAUCACUGAAGUAUUUGGUGUAAAAUGUCAAGCAUUUGGAGUUGUACCUGAAAUUUUGAGGGGUAUUCGAUAUCAUUUCCAUCGAAUGGUUAAAGGUUUGACAGCAGUUGCUGAAAACAAGGCUCAGUUAGGUUUAGGUCACAGUUAUUCCCGAGCCAAGGUCAAGUUCAAUGUCAACAGAGUUGAUAAUAUGAUAAUACAGUCAAUUAGUUUAUUAGAUCAAUUGGAUAAAGAUAUUAAUACAUUCAGUAUGCGUAUAAGAGAAUGGUAUUCGUAUCAUUUUCCAGAGCUCUUCAAAAUUGUCAGCGAUAAUGUGUUGUAUGCUAAAUGUACCAAGUACAUCAAAUGUCGUAAAGACCUUACUGAAGACAAACUAGAUGGCUUGGAAGAGAUAGUGAUGGACAGUGCUAAAGUUCAGGCUAUUUAUGAGGCCUCUAAGAGCUCAAUGGGAAUGGACAUAUCACCAAUUGAUUUGAUAAACAUUGAAAGCUUUACAUCUAGGGUGUUGGCGUUAUCAGAUUACAGGAAGAAAUUACACACUUAUUUGAGAGAAAAGAUGUCUGCUGUUGCGCCCAACCUAGCUGCACUUAUAGGAGACCUGGUCGGAGCUCGUUUAAUAUCUCAUGCGGGUAGUCUGACCAGCUUAGCAAAGUAUCCUGCCUCCACUGUACAAAUUCUUGGUGCUGAGAAAGCGCUUUUCAGGGCAUUAAAGACUAAAGGGAACACACCAAAAUAUGGUUUAUUGUUCCACUCGACCUUCAUUGGUAGAGCCGAAGCAAAGAAUAAAGGCAGAAUAUCGCGAUUUUUGGCAAAUAAGUGUUCUAUUGCAUCCAGGAUAGACUGCUUUUCUGAGUCACCAACAUCAAUUUUUGGCGAGUCAUUAAAAGGCCAGAUUGAAGAAAGAUUAAAGUUCUAUGAAACCGGUGUAGCACCAAGAAAGAAUGUUGAUGUCAUGAAAGAAGCUGUAAUCGAGGCAACAACGGAACUGGAAGCAGCAAAGAAAAAAAAGAAGAAGAAAAAGAAAAGGAAAUCAGGUGAUCUUGAAAAUGAAGAAGAUGCUGAGCCGACGCCAAAAAAGAAAAAGACUGAAGAAGUGGCAGUUGAGACUCCACUAAAAAAGAAAAAGAAGAGAAAGUCUGAGGUGGAAGAUGUAGAAGAGGUUACCGUGUCAACUCCAAAUUCUAAAACUGAGUUUGAGACUCCCGUUUCGAAAAAGAAGAAAAAGAAAAAAUCGAAAGAAAAUGGGUUAGAUGAGAGUACAGCUGCUGAUGCUGAUGAAAGUGUUGUCAUGGAUACUGAGGAUACACCAGCAUCAGGGAAGAAAAAGAAAAAAAAGAAGAAACAUGCUGAUUAAUGCACAGGGUUUAUGCAUAUUCAACUAUAACUUUAAAAACACAAGCCCAAUUUUAUCAUGUUAGUAAUUUGAUUUUUUGAAGUAGUUUUAAUAUCAGGGUCUAUUUUACCAAGCUAUUUUAUUUCAUUUACUGGAUUGGGAAUUAUGUACAUUAUGUCACAUUUGUUGCUUUAUCGUCAAAAACAAAAACAGUUUUAACCCUCUUGAGCACCAUAAUUUUUCUUUGCAAACUUUUUCCAAUAUUUUUUUGAUAAUUUUGAACCAAAUGAACAUAAUUCAGAAAAAAUUCUGUUGGUUUUAAAAUUUGCGAAUGGUGAUGAAAGUUGACUUUGGCGCUCAGUGACUUGUUUUUAUGUGAUGCUAAGGAUGAUUCACAUCAUUUAUAUUCAUCUAUUUUAUAAUUGGUCUAACAACUCAAAACAUUCAAAAUGAAUGAGAAACAACCCAGUUUACAGCGCAGCGCGCAUUAGAUUGUGCAUUCAAUUGCUAUUCCAGUUUUCUACUUCUUCCUGGCACAAGGAUGCUAUUCCCAGAUAAAUAACUGGUAUGAGAGUUUUUCUUUUUCUCAUUUUAGUGUUAAGUGGAAAUUCCUCUUCUAUUGUCACACUGCCUUUAAGAUGCAGACACGCACCAUGUGUUGUUGACUUUCUCCUCGCUAAUGUACCUUGUCUUCUAUUUUGCAAGCAUUUCUGGCUCAUAUUUGUAUCCACAUUGUCUGAAUGUGAUUUAAUAUUGUUCCUUUUAACUUAUCUUCUAAAGUACAGAUUUAAAUUGAGGAACAUGUUCUAGGCCAACCUUCAAACAGAUUGUUUGUUGCAGUCACGUGACUGAAAUAACCCAUUUUCAACCAAUCAUGAAUGUAAUUAUUUUUUGGUUUACAAUAAAUGAAGUUCAAUAUCAUGUACCACA